UUGGUGAUGCAAUUUGGAAACGUGGAAGCUGAGAUUGAAUUCUUGGCUUCCCUCGUGAAAGCUGAUGGAUGGCUGAAGGGAGAUCACCUUGAUUUGGGGUUGUAUCUCAUGCGGAAGCGACAACAACAGUUGGAGGAAGUUGAAAUAGCUGACUGGACAACGACCGAUGUUUUUUUUUAUGAAUCACAUAAGUACUUGCUUUGCGGAGAAUAAAAGGAAAAAACAGCAGGUUGGGUGGAAAAUCAGAAAAAGUUUACUAAACGUUGUAAAUGGGAAGGUUCCUCCGUGUGGGAUGGAUUGGCAGAACGUCUAUAAGGUGUAUACCCCAUUUAUGUUGACGAAGUACAAGCAUUGGGUGGCUGUAAUGAUUGAUCUGGUAUUGUGUGAAAUCAAAGUGUACGAUUCAAAGGUUUCACUAAUUCCAGAUGACAUCAUAAAGGAAGAACUCGCCCCGCUAUCAAUUACGCUUCCAAAUCUUCUCAACACCAUCGACUUUUAUGAAGAAGGUGUUUAUGCAAACAAUUGCAGCCGAGAUUGGUGGUGUCCGUGGCCAAUAGAGCGUGUGGAUGUUCCACAACAGUCUAAUGAAGGCGAUUGUGGCAUGUUUGUGUUAAAGUACAUUGAGCUUUUCAGCGCUCAGCUUCCCUUAGCUACUUGCACCUCGCACAACAUGCCUUUUUUUUCGGUUGAAAUUGGCUGCGGAGAUAACAAGGGGAGAUGCUUACUUCCCAUGAUAUUGGUUGAAGAUGACAAAUGGUACAUCACAAGGUUUUGGGAAUGUCCUUUCUCAAAGUAAUGUAAAUACACAAUAUUCUCGUACGGGUCCUUUUUGAAUUGUACCGCUAA